GAGAAACAAGGGUAGAGAGGGAAAGAGGAACAGAAAGUGAAGACUUGUCAAGAUGUCUGGGUGAGGGGGACCAGAACUGAGCAAAAGCCAGACGUCUAAAAAGAAACAACAGAAGUUUUAGCAGCUGAGUGGAUCAGACAGGAGGGGAGACCUGACCUGCCAUUUCACAAGCGCCUGCGGGGUAAGGUGCCGCUUUGAAAGAGAUCUUGAGUGCCGACACACAGAAGUUGAACCACCUCUCUACAACUGGAUUAAACCAAACCGAAAGCCAAAGGGCAAGACGACAGGGAAGGACAAAGAACAAGAAAACGGAAUAAACAAACUUUGCUGAUUCACAGCUUUCAUCAAGAUCAGAAUCAUCACAACCCGUGCCAUUUCAGAGAAAACCAUCUUAUAAACAGAUUUUCUUUUGGUCUCUUGGAUUUGUUGUCUGCUUCAUGGGACACUUAAAGGAAGGAGACAUACAUGAAAUCACCCUACAUGCUUCCAGUGUUUCCCACUAACAUAAACAACACAAGCCUGAGCACAUAAACACACAAACUUCAUACACUCAUCAGAUAGAAAGCUGUGUCUCGGGGCAACUAUCUAAAAUUCAAUCAUCAACAGCGGGAGACACGAGCACAUGAAAGCACUGAAGCUGACCUGCGAGUAAAACUUCAUAUCUUACAACUUUAAAGAGGCAACCAGAUAACAUAAAAGAUCUUUUAACUUAAAUUAAAAGCAAAUCUUAAUUUUUUUUCGGUGUUUCCAGCAGCCUAAUAUGUGCAUUUACUGUCCUAUAAACUUCACAAACCUCUAAAGGAUUAAUUGAGACUUUACAACUGCCAGACAGACUCAAUUAAAAGGAGUCACAGCCCCGUAUCCUAAAGCCAUGGAUGGGAAAACAGACAGCAUCCAGGAUUUUUUCAACCAACUUUGGAGCUUUGCAACAGACAAACACAACCAGGGCGUCUACAACACAGUCUGCCUAGUGGUCCUCCUAACUCUUCCUUUGCUGGUCCUCCUUACCACUUUGGUGGUGUGCUGCCACUGCUGCUGCUGUCGCCAUGCCAACAGCUGCUGUUGCUGCUGCUGCUGCUGCAGAGACACCAUGGCAACCGAAACAAAGAAGAAAAAUAAUUCUGCCAAUACGGAAGACUUGUGGAUCUCAGUGAAGACGGGGCCGAUGACACCCGACAGGGUCGCCCUGGCCAUGGUGUAGGGACCUCUUAAAAAGGGACCUAAAAAAUAUUGCUGAUCUUGGGGUCAGUGGAUGCAGUGGAGCUAAUGAAGUGUCUCAAAGGUGCAGAAGGCUUUGACUCAAAGCUCUGACUAUCUUGGAAGCAAAGGAGGCUUAAGGAAAUGUUCAUACUAAUGGGAAGAACUUCACAUUGUAUUGGGGACAGAUUGUACAGUGUACAGAUUCUUGUCAUUUUGUAUUCAUGUAAUAUGUGGGGGUUGUAUGGCAAUGUUUACACCAUUUUGUAUGAACGUGUGUGGUACAUAAAGGAAGAACUAUGCUAGAAACAAGCCUAUACAUACCUGCAAACUGUGUGUGUAUGUGUGUGCCUGUGGGAGUAGGUUAGAGAGUGUGUGUGUGUGUGUGUGUGUGUGUGUGUGUGUGUGUGUGUGUGUGUGUGUGUGUGUGAGAGAAGUACAGCAUUAUUGAGAGCACUUUGUUCUUAGAGCUUCCAUGUGAAAUUCAUUGUGUCUGUAUUUGGGAGAGAGAGCAAUUUAAGCACUGCCCAGUGUUCAGAUGGCUGUAAUACUUUCUACUUUUCACAUGCAGGCUGUAAUCUAGACCAAUGAUUGACUCUCACUUUCUAAACUAAAAGCCUUCUAAACUGUUGAACAAACAGAAAACAAUAAUUCCAUUCAUUUUGAUAUCUUUCAUGUUCUUGCGUUAUUUGCUGUUGCAGUAUUUCAAGGGAGCCUUAAAGGCACAAUGUUUAAUCCAAAUGUAAACAAAUCCAUCAGCAAAACUUAAAACCUAACAUACUUCUCAAAAGAAUCCCUUAAUACACUGACUGACCCUAGAUACUGUAACUAUCUAUCUAAAAGCAAUCAUGUUUCCAGGUUUGUUUACAUCAAUAAUGUUUGAAUCCCAGUUGCAUUUCGAUUAUAUUCAUUUGAGAAAUAAACAUAAUAAUGAUUUAUUGAAUUUUUCAGCAAAAUCCUCAUUUGUGCAUAUUUUUAACUAAUUUAACUCCUUUUUCAAAUCAAGAGAAGAGAAACUGUGAAAUAAUCAAAUGAUUUAGGCUUCAAGUGGAUUGUGCCGAAGGGCUAAUUUAUUUCAUUUUUUAAGUGUAUGACAUCUCAAAGCCCAAUAAGCAGAAGCAUUUCAGCAGUAUCGUCAUCUUUAUGCAUUAGCUUACAUUGGCACUAAGUUGAUCUUCUUGCCCAAGUGCUGCUGGGAAAAAAGGCCCCACACAUUUCAUUACUGCUCAGACAGAUACAGUCCCGUGCGGAAAUUGGGAUUUGUCUCUUCUGCUUCAAGUUUGAGAGAGAGAAACUGUACUUGUUGGGCUUAAUUUGAAAGCUUGCCCUCCGAAAUAAAGCCCCUGUAGAGAUGCAUGAUCGCUAAUCAGAGAUACGAAUCCAAGACUGAGAGGUAUGCCAGGAAAUAACAUCAUCGACAUGUUCAGAGGUUGGCUGAACAUGUCACUGUGGUAUUGUGGUUUUGUUCUUGCACAUGAGUUUUGAGAAGACAUUAAGAAGGUGAAUCUGACACUUCAAUAUGAGAUGCAAAAGCAGGGAGUCACAGCUGGGGGUCCCAUGCUGCAGUAAUCAGAAAACCCAACUGAUCACAGAUUUUGAGCAUUGACGGGUGAAAAAGAUCAAUUAUGUGACCGUUGAUAUUUUGCUUUUAGGAUGUGGGGAAAAUGCGUUUAGCUUUCAGUAUUUUGUCAUUGGUGUAAUUAAUAUAAUUACAAGGAAAAAUGUAAGCAGACAGGAAAAUUAUGGUCCUGCUAAAAUGAUCAACUACUCAGGCAUACAUGCAUAGUGAUAUUUUUUUCAAAUUUACCCCAUUCCGCCCCCAGCUGUACUCGUACUCAGUUAGCAGGUGCACAUGAGUUACUGAUCCUCAUUAUCAGUUUUCAUACUCUAGAGGAUUGUUGGUGUUUUUACAACCCUGUGAUAUAAAUGUAUACUAUUCUGAGGUGUUAACAUGUAACACCAUUCACGCUUUUCUCCUCAACACCUAUUAGGCAGUAUUAGUCAUGUUGGACCUCACUAUGUUUUGACUUUCCUCACUUCCCUCACACAUCAUUUUCUAGGGACUAUAUGUAAAUCAGGAGGCAAGGGGAGGAAAUAUAAAAUACAUGUUUUACUUUUUCCCUUUGUGGUUUUGCUGUAAUCAAAUAGAGGUGGGUUUGGGGGAGGGGAGAUUUGUCAUCUGUUUGAACAGCAAACAUGACAUCCUGGAGAGUUUUCUAUACGAUAGCACCACUUUUUUGAUCCCAUCCAAUUAUGCAUGACAUUGUAUAUUUGCGAUGUGUUUUUGUUGUUCCAUAGUUGAAAAAAACGCUAAGGUGAUUCUUUUUUUUUAAUUAUGUGCCUGGCUGGGCUUUAUUGGUUGCUCUGUAUGCAUAAUUUAUCUUGACAUGUAGAGAUACAAUGAUAAAGGAGAGCACACUGUAGAAGAUGACAGGGAGAGAAAUAAAGUAUUUUUCUAGCUUUGUGGAAUCUCAUCUUUCUAUUUCUAAUAUAAAUUGAAGUUAACAGGGCCUUUGAAAUUUGGCAUCAAAUCAUAAUCUUUAUA